GUUUGGUCGGUUCUCGGGAUUAGAGGGUGGCCAUUUCCUUCGUGUGUCGUCGGUGAGAGGACCUGUGGUGGGUUGUGGAGUUCGGCUAUCAUGGCGGAAAUAACUCAGGAACGUGUAGAGGAUCGACUUCCCGAAUUACAACAGCUGGAGCGCACUGGACUCUUCAGUGAGGCGGAGAUUAGGGCAGUCAUUAGGAAGACUUUAGAACUAGAAUAUGGAAUACAGCGAAGAAGUCUUUCAAAGGACAGCUUUAUCAGAUAUGUUCAGUAUGAAAUUGAGCUUUUGGAGCUGAUCCAGAAAAGAAGAGCUCGUGUUGGAUAUACAUUUAAGAAGGAUGAGAUUGAGGACCCUAUGAUACGUCGGAUACAGAGUGUCUUCCAACGUGCAUCGAUUAAGUGGAAAGAUGAUGUUAAACUUUGGCUGUCUUUUGUAGUCUUUUGUAGGAAGUGGGCUGCCAACGUUCAACUUAGCAAGUUAUUUUCUUCCUUGUUGGCCUUUCAUUCGAACAAGCCAGGUUUGUGGAUUUUGGCGGCCAAAUGGGAAAUGGAAGACUGCUUUUCUGCAGAAAGUGCAAGACAGCUAUUUCUUCGGGCUCUGCGCUUUCACCCACGUUACCCGAAACUUUAUGAAGAAUACUUUAGGAUGGAGUUGAUGCAUGCUGAAAAAUUGAGGAAGGAAAAACAAGAGUUUGAAAAAGCCGACAUGGAUGUGGGGAAUCUCAAGCAUGCUGAAGAAGUCCUUACGGGCGAGUUGGCACGGAUCGUCUAUAAGAAUUCUAUAAGUGUAAUUAAAAGUGCAAAAUUUCAUGUGUCACUGCUUUCAAUUGCACAGCUGUUCGACUUUGCCAAAGAUCUGCAAAGAGAAAUUUACAAUGACCUUAAGGCUCUGCACACAGACGACCCCCUUACUUGGGACUAUGUGGCCCGGCAAGAAUUAGUGAUUAAAUCACAGCCAGGAGAAGAGCUGCCUACAACUAAACAAGCCAAAGCGAAGGAGGUGGGCCGCCGGGAAGAGAGGUGCUGUGCUGUGUACGAGGAGGCGGUAAAAACUCUGCCCACAGAGGCUAUGUGGAAGUGUUACAUGAACUUCUGCAUGGAGAGGUUUACUAAGAAGACAAGCAGUCGCCUCCUCAGAAAGAAGAGGCUGGAAAGAACCAUGGCUACAUUCUGGAAGGCACAUGAGCUGAAACUUUUACCAGAACUCCAGUACAGGCAGUUGAGCAAGUUGUUGCUGUACCGAGAGUUGUUAAAGGAAUCCCUGGAGGUGGCAGACGCUGGGGUGAAAUUGUUCAGAAAAUCAGAGGAGAUGUGGCACGUGAAGCUGGAGGCCAUGAUUUCGUCAAAGAGCCAGGAGAUAAGCAAGGUUUUUAACCAAGCCUUUGAGUACCUGAAACCCCAGAUUUGUCUUCCAUUGUGGUUUAUUUGGGCAAAGUGGAGUGAAGAGACCGGAAAGCAAGAAGAAGCUGAAAUGAUCUAUAAGAGAGCUGUCUUUCGUCUCCAAGGAGAUGACUCAGCCACUAUGAAGGAAAUGUACCUGGCUUGGGCUUAUCGAAGUGGUGGUUACAAAAAGGCCAGAGAUGUAUUUAAAAGUUUACAGGAAAACCGUCCAUUUUCAGUUAAUUUUUUCAGGAAGAUGAUUGAGUUUGAGAAGGAGCAAGAAUCCUGUAAGAUGGAAAACUUAAGAGAGUAUUAUGAGAGGGCUUUGAGAGAAUUUGGAACUGUCGAUUCUGAUCUCUGGAUGGAUUACAUCAAAGAAGAAUUGAACCACCCACUUGGUAGACCUGAGAACUGCGGACAGCUCUAUUGGCGAGCCAUGAAAAUGUUGCAGGGAGAGUCAGUAGAGCAGUUUAUGUCUAAACAUGCUCUGCAUCAAGCCGGCCGUUUGUGAAAAGAGGAAGAGCACAGUCACCUUUGUGAAAUAGUGCUAUAAGCCCUCUGGGCACAUUUGUUUUAUGCAGUCAUCUGCAGUUUGCCGAGAUGGUGUCUCAUUUUGAGGCCUGCUUUAAUUUUGUUGACAUGUUAAUCUUGAAUUCCAGAAAAGAGAGCUGCUGUUUAAUGGCCAGAAACCAGUUGUUGAGGCCAGACUAUGUAGGUCCUAAAUGUUUUUCAGAAUACAUGGAAACGAUGUAACUGAUGUUUUACUACACUUGGUCAUGCUUGAGUAGCUCUAAUCUAGACCUCUGUUCAGUUAAAAUGGGGAUGAAAAUACAGUUCUGUUUUCUCCUUAUAGAAGUAUAUGUGGUAUGCAUUUAUUGUAAAAGUAAGGAGGGAAUAGAGUAAUGUUGUAAUCUUGUCAUCUGGACUUAACUCACUGGUAUGAUUUCCUUUGUUAGAAUUGGAUUUAUACUGUUAGGUCAUUUAUUCAUUCAUUCAUUGAGUCCCUGUCACGGGCAAGAAAGAAGACAAGCUUUUGGGAUGGAAGUGGGGAUGAAAGGAAUAGAGCUGAUGUCCUGAGUUGGUUGAAGCAGCAGAAGAGGAUGCUAGGUAUUAGGGAAAAAGUUGUUCUUUGAGAAGAUUUUAAGAAAUUACAAAAGUGUUUUUGUCUCUGGGACUGAUCUGGAGAGAAAUAAUUACACUGGAGAGACCCAGUAACAAGGAAAGGCAGAGGUAGGGAGUAGCUUAGAAAGAGAAAGGCUCCAGAGGCAAGGAUGGAGGGUGGCUUAGAGCAGAGACGGGCAUUCUUGGAGCAGAGGAAGUGGUUGUUUGAGUUGUAUAUCCUUCAACGUAACAUGAUGUCACUGGGAGAAGCAUUCAGUACAGUUUGACUUAAGUGUUUCACUUAAUAUUAUGUUGUUUUCCAUGUUAUUAAAUAGCCUUGAAAACGUGAAAUAAAUCCGUAGCAUUCCAUUGUAUAGAUGAGUCAUGACUUAUUUAUUAAUCGCUUGUGGUUGGACCGUGUGCCAUUUUUUCUUAAAAGUGCUGUUGGUGAAGAUUCUUAAAUAUCUUGUUCACAUCGCUGGUUAUUUCUUUGGAAGACUGACAUCUGACAGAAUUUCUGUGUUAAAGAAUAUAAUUAUUUUAAAGAGUAUUGCUAAGUAUUGCCAGUUUGCAAUGUAUGAAAAUACUUCCAAGCAUCAUGGGUAUUUUAUAUAUUUUUUACCAUUUUAAUAAGUGAAAAGUGAUAUAUCCUUGUUUUUUUUUAAUGUGCAUUUCUUUAAUGUUAGUGUAUCUUAAUAUGUUAGACUGUGUUACUGUGUUUUUCCUAGUUCUCUUUUCAUGUUUGACUUAUUUUUAAAUUUUUUAAUUUUUUUUUUUUUUUUUACAAAUUUGUAAGUUUCUUAUGUACUAAGAAUAGUAAUCUUUUUUUUUUUUUUUAGAAUAGUAAUCUUUAGCUUGUGUUUUCUAACAGAUAAUUUGCUCCCAGCUUUUUGUGUGUGUGUGUGUGUAUUUUUUGGUGUUCAGAGGUUUUGUAUGUGUGUGUAUGAUUUCUAUUGUUGAAAACCCAUCUCCUGCUGAGGACAACUCUGUUUACCCCAAGCAGUUAACUAAAUUUUCUACACCACCAUUGUGGCCAUUUUUCUUAAUGCUGAUUUUGAUUUACCUUUAUUGUGUAUUAAAUCUCCAUGAGUAUCA